AAACUAUGUACUAUAUAUUACUGUGUAAAAACUUCAUAUGACACGUGUCUUUCUCUCUCUAUCUCUCUCUUUGAUCAUUUUUGAAUAAAAUAUAAAAAUGAUUUUUUUAAACGCACAAUGUAUUUUGUUAAUAAACUUGGGUUUGUUGUCGAUCCAUACUAGUGUAGGAGAGAAUAAAUACUCUGUCGAGGCAAAUAAACCUAAAGACAUAGACUCUUCGCAGUUUCCAAUUUCUCUCAGAGAUUUAGAUAAACCAUUUAGGAUGGCAAAAUUAAAUAUACUUUGGGUUAAAGCAAAAAACCGCCUGACAGAUAGCAAGCUACAGUCAAUCUUUAGUGAUCUGAAGAUUCAUGAUAAGGAAGAAAUCGCAUACAAGCAUUUCAAAUCUGAUGGAAAAGAUCCUGAAGGCUUGGAAGAAGCACGUUUAAGAAAGAAGCUCAUUGGAAUAAUGAGCACAUAUGAUUUACUGGAACAUUUUAGUGAAACAGAAGACCCAAAAUUACUUAAGAUACACAAAGCACUGAACGAUGGUAGUAAUUAUGUUGCCAAAGAUAUAUUUAAGGAUAUAAGACUAAAUAAAUUGUGGGCUAAAGCUGAAAUGGCUGGUUUUACUGAUGAGGAGCUUGAGACUUUAAAGCAAGAAUUCCAACAUUAUCAAGAAAAACUGGAUGAAUAUAUGAAUUUAUUGAAAGAACAAUCUGGAGAUUCAGAAAAAUCUGAAAAUGUGUUACAUCUCAAACCAGAAAGAUGGAAUUUGUUAGAAGAAGAAGAGGAACUGUCUAAAAAUGUACCAGACAAGAAAUUAAGUCAUAUGGAAAAAACAAAUUUACUUCGAGAAAAACAUUUGGAAUUGAAAAAUACAUUUGAUCGCUUAGAAAGAUUUACUGCAAAGGGUCCAAAUCACAGAGAUUUCAUAGAACCCAAAGUACUAGGAUUGUGGAAAAUUGCAUUGGAAACAAAAUUCUCUUCCGAAGAAUUAGAGUCUUUAAAGGAGGAACUUUUGCAUUAUGAAUCAAGGUUACUUAAACUGCGGCAUCUGCAUACUGAAGGAGCUUUGGAAGCAGCACGAAAAGGGCAACUUCAUGAUGUAGAUAAUUCAACUACCGAGCAACAUAUAAAAAAACAUGUUAGAACAGUACAGAAACUUCAUAUGGAUCUAGAGAACAAAAUCAUGCAGAAGCAUACAGAAUUGUAAGGUAGAAGGUAAGAAAAUAAACAUAUAUCAUUUACAAAUAUUAAAAGAUAUACGUAAUUUAUUAAAAAUAUGUACAAAUAAUCAAAAAAAGAUGAUUAUGAAAUAAAUUAAGAAACAAUUAUUUGUAAAAAUGUUUAUAUUCAAA